CGGGGCAAGGCGUGCUCGACAGAUCCCUCGCACCGUCAGCCCAACAACACCAUACGGAUAACGCGGAAACUGAGCUCUCUCUGAUUAGAAAUAGCCUGGUUUGGUUUAUUUUAGGGGACGAGAGCCAAUGGCACGACACCCGUGUAAACUCGUCCUGCGGAACGCCCGUUACUUCAGUGUCAUUGCGUCAUCGCGGAGCGCAUGUCAAAGGAGCAACACCCCCAUCUUCUGCCACGCCCCGACGUCUUUCGCAACACUCUUCCAUACAUCCAGGGAUAACACAUUAGGAAAGCGGCUCAAACACACAAUGACUGAGGCAACGACAAACCCGCUGAGCGGCCUGUGGAAGCCCAUCCACCUGGAGAAACUCUGGUAUGGGCCAAACUCUGUUCAGCAGCAUCUUCUUGAGUCCCUGCCCAAGAAGACAUCCAAAGCGUUCAUCAUCACGGGAUCCUCUCUGGCAACGAAAACCCCUCUUAUCAAGCAAAUCGAAGACUUGCUUGGGAAAGACCACCAUGCCGGAACCUUCUCCAACAUCAAGCAGCAUGCCCCUGUCGCACAGCUGGACCAAGCUACCGAUGCCGUGGCCAAAGACUCGAACAUUGAUACGGUCAUUUCCGUGGGGGGCGGUAGCCCUAUCGACUCUGCCAAGGCCAUCUCUUACCGUCUUAACGAAAAGUCGGGGAAGUAUCUUUACCACAUUUCUAUACCAACCACUUUAAGUGCAGCCGAGUGCACCUUCGGUGCAGGUUACACACAGGAAGAUGGCUUAAAGACGGGUGUAGCUAACCCCGAGCUGGCACCUCACGUCAUCAUAUACGACUCCAAGUUCGCUCUUGAAACGCCACCGAAGUUGUGGUUGUCUACUGGUCUUCGAGCAUUGGACCAUGCAAUGGAGCUUAUGUACCACCCCACAGCUACGGAGGUCCCCGCAAGACAGAUGUGUCUGUCAGCCGCAUCUGGGUUGUUCACCUACCUACCAAAGUACAAUAACGACCCGAAGGAUGAGGACACCAUCACACAGCUUCAACUUGCGUCCUUUGCGUCACUGGGCCUUCUUGGCACGAACGUUAAGGGGGGGCUAGGCCUGAGCCAUACGCUUGGGUACGCGCUAGGGUCCCCUUACUCCAUCCCGCAUGGGAUUACCUCUUGCCUGACUCUCGGGCAUGUCGUGAAGCUUAAAGCUCAGGAGCCCGAGAGUGCCGCGCAGAUCGCCAGGAUGGCGCCCUUUAUAGGGCAAACCAGGACUGGGAACGACAAGGUCGAUGCCACCAAAGUGGGAGACUCAAUACUGGAAUUGGUCAAGAAUCUAGGGUUGGCGACGACCCUGAAAGAAUACAAGGUCGGAGAGGAUCAGGUGCCUGUCAUCACAAAGCGGGCAACGCGGGCCGAGCAGGGCGAACUCUAUGACAAGGUCUCUAACCUUGUCCAGGGUCUGUAUUAAUAACGGACUUUUAGCCAGGCUAUCAAGAAUCAGCACCCAG